GCCGUCGCCAUGUUGGUGAAUGAAAUUAGCUCCAAAACAUUGAAUAGCCGCUAGCAAUAUUGAUAUUUCUUUUUCUUGCGGAAUAACAUUUGUUACAGCAUGUGACUUAUUGUAAAUAUGAUUUAGGAUUUAUGAAACGUCUGCAGAAGUCCCGUUUCCUAUUAUUGUGUGCAGACAUAGAAGCAGUGUCACGCAAUGCAACAUGGAAGUGGAUCACAGAAUAUGCAACGACAGCUUCAGAGAUCCAAGUCUGUCAGUGGGGCUGAAGCAGAGGAGCAACAACAGCAGCAGCAGCCCACCAUGGCAGUUACACAGCAAGUGACAGUCAACCACCCUCAAUCUCCAGUGACCACAUUUUCCUCUGCUGCAAGCCCCUCAGCCCCCCAGUCACCCAAUUAUCAGAUCAUCAUGAGUCGUAGCCCAGUCACUGGCCAGAACAUGAACAUCACAUUACAAAAUGUGGGACAGAUGGUGGCUGGUAACCAGCAGAUCACCCUGACCCCACUUCCCAUCCAGAACCCAGCAUCCCCUGGAUUCCAGCAUACUACACCUCAGUGGAGGUUUGAGCAUGCUCCAUCCUCUUACAUCCAGGUCACCUCACCUGUGCCCCAGCCCAUGCAGCCCCAAAGUCCCACCCCACACAGCCCAGUCCCACUGCAGGGGGUGACAAGGCCAGGAGCACCUGCAACAACAUUGGGACAGAGUCCAACACGAUUUGUUGAAGCCGGUAUGAUAGUGCGGCAAAUCAGUUUAAGCAGUCCUUCAGUAAGUAGCCACUUUGUUUACCAGGAAGGGACGGGACUGGCCCAGAUUGCCCCGGCCACACCUGGCCAGAUACAGAUGGCCUCUCCGGGAGUACCAGGCUCUGUGAGGGAACGCCGACUCUCUCAGCCUCACUCGCAAACUGGAGGCACCAUCCACCACCUAGGACCUCAAAGUCCUGUGACCACCAGUACUGCUCUACCCACUCUGGGCAGUCCUGGUCACAUCACCACUUCCAACCUACCUCCACAGAUCAGCAGUAUCAUUCAAGGGCAGCUGGCACGCCCUAUGAUAUUUGAGAAGUCACAGCAAGGUUUGGUGGCUGGAGUAGGAACCACAGCCACAUCAUCAUUCAGUAUUGCCUCCUCUAUUACAACUUCUAGCACGUCCCUCACCAGUCCACACCAAGGGAUCUCCAACAAUCCUCUUGCACCCAACAGCAUGGCUUUGGCCACUCUGAAGAAACAGGUUCCCAAGAGGUUGGAGGAAAUUGCUCCUUCUACUCCAGAGAUUGCCCAGCUGAGAAAACUGUGCUUAGAGCACCACAGUAAGAAGAUGGAGAGCCUGAAGGAAGUGUUCAAAGAAUACCUGAUUGAGCUUUUUUUUCUGCAGCACCUCCAAGGGAACAUGAUGGACUAUGUUGCAUUUAAGAAGAAGCCCUGUGUUCCCUUAUAUACUUACUUGAGACAGAAUGACUUGGACCUUGAAGAUGAAGAGGAAGAAGAAGAACAAUCAGAGGUCAUUAAUGAUGAGGUUAAGGUUGGUACUGGAAAGGAUGGCCAAGCAGUGACACCAGUUGCCAUAGCAACACAGCUUCCUCCCAAUGUGUCUGCAGCUUUCUCAGUCCAGCAACCAUAUCAGGGACACCUAGGGACUCCUGGCACCAUGACAAACCCAGGGGACAUGGAUGCCUUUAAGAGGCAACAGGCUAUGGUGCAAGCAGAUCAGGCUAAGAGGUCCCGGAUUGACGUUGGUCGCCAUGGGCUGAUUUUCCAGCAUCCUGGUGUAGCUCUAGGAUCACCUGGCGUUCCACUCCAGCAGCUUAUGCCAACUGCGCAAGGCGGGAUGCCGCCUACUCCUCAAGCGAUCCAGAUUGCGGGACAGAAGCCAAACCAGCAACAAUAUGACCCAUCCCAGGGACCCCCAGUGCAGAACGCAGCCAGCCUGCACACCCCCCCUCCGCUGCUCCCCAGUCGGUUGCCCCAAGGCGCCCUUCCUAUGGCCGGCCUGUCCAUGACGCUCGCUCAGCAGGCUCAGUUAGUGGAGAACACCGCUCAGCCUGGUGGUCAUCUCCAGGCACAAGUGAAGAUGCAGACAGGUGGGCCUGUCAUGGCCACAAUAAACCCCCACACACAGCUCCAGGCCCAACUGCAGCAGCAGCUGCAGCCAGGUCUUCAUCUCCAGUUGCAGCCCCAGCAGCCACAAUCCCAGGCCAUUCUACAGUCAGGGCAAGCGACGGUUGCACUAGCUCGCCCUGGUACUGAAUCAAACCAGCCAGUUCAGAGGAUUAUGACCAACUCAAUUUCCAUGUCUCCUGCUCCACUCUCUGUUCCCAAUUCUGUUCCAACCUCACAUACUGCAAGUCCGCUUCGCCCUCUUGGCUCCAACAUCAACCCAAGCACCCAGUCCAAACUGACUGGAACCAAUGGUAUAUCAGCAGUCAAAAUUGGUGGCUUUAGUCAGAGUGCCGCCAUGCAGUCCUCACAGGAGGGUUCCCAAGAUAAACAAGUUGAGCAGGCCAAGCUGGAGAGUCAAGUGCAUCAGCGCAUUUCUGAGCUGAGGAAGGAGGGCCAGUGGUCAGCCAGUCGGCUCCCAAAGCUUGUGGAAGCCUCACGUCCAAAGUCCCAAUGGGACUAUCUCCUGGAAGAAAUGCAGUGGAUGGCAGCUGACUUUGCCCAGGAGAGGAGGUGGAAAGAGGCUGCUGCUAAGAAGCUUGUUCGCACGUGUUCCCGUUACCAUCAAGAGCAAAAGCAAAGUAAAGAGAGGUCAAAGAAGGAAAGGGAAAUUCACCUUCGUCACAUCGCUAGCACAAUCGCCCGUGAGGUGGAAUUCUUCUGGGCAAACAUUGAGCAGGUUGUAGAAAUUAAACUCCAGUUUGAAAUUUAUGAGAAGCGGCUCAAAGCACUCAGCUUACAAAAAGCCUCGGCCAAAGUAGCUGAUCAGUCGACAGGACUCAAAGCUGAUAAGGAGGAUGUUGUGACCUCAACUAAAAAAAGGAAAUCCAGUUUGUCCUUUGUCGAUGAACACGUCACAGAUGAAGAAAGCACCAUCGAGGAACAGGAGGCCAUGGAGGGGGAAGCCGAUCACAAAGCAGAGUUGGUUGACCUGGCUAAAGAUGCGGAGAUGCCUCUUGAUGCUUUAAAGAAGCAGUAUGCUGGCGCCUACGUUGGAAGCUUUGAGUGGCCUCAGCCGAGUGACGAGGACGAAGCGGUAGAGACUGAAGAAAUGGAGUGUCCUACAGGCAGCUCAGCUGAGGCGGUGCUGAUCGACUCCCUGCUUAGCGUGGACCAGUACCGUGGUGCUGAUAAAGCCACUUCCUCUGAUUCUGAUAAGAAGCCUGCUAGAGACAUCGCUGAGGUGGCUGCUGCCACAGAGCUCAUCCUGCCCAAGGGUAGCUUCAGGACCAAUUCUUCUACACGUAGCGCAGCUCCUAUUCUACUGCAUGGGCUACUGCGAGAGUAUCAACAAAUUGGUGUGGAUUGGUUGGUAAAUCUUCACAAGAAACACCUCAAUGGCAUCCUUGCUGAUGAGACCGGCCUCGGCAAGACUGUGCAGACAGUGGCGUACAUGGCGCAAUUAGCUGGUCAAGAGGGCAUCUGGGGACCGCACCUUAUUGUAGUAAGGACCUGCAAGUUGCUAAAUUGGGAGGUGGAGUUCAAGCGCUGGUGUCCUGGGUUGAAGAUCCUCUUGUACCUCGGCAACAGAAGGGAGCGUCGAUCUAAGAGAAAGUGGUGGGGGGAAGCCAACAGCUUCCAUGUUUGUGUGACGUCCUACAAGCUGCUGAUGAAAGACCAGAGCCAUUUUGUGAGGAGAAGGUGGAGGCACCUGGUCCUCGAUGAGGUGCAGCUCAUCAAACACAUGACUGAGAAGCACUGGGAAACUAUUUUUGCUCUCAGAAGUGAGCAGAGGAUUCUCCUCAUCAACACUCCUCUACAGAAUACCCUGAAGGAAUUGUGGACCAUGAUCCACUUCCUUUUGCCAGGAAUCACCAGGUCAUACUCAGACUUCCCUGUUAAGGCCGGUACCGACCAGAACCAGGACUACUGCCACAAACUGGUCAUUCGCCUGCACAGGAUGAUCCAGCCUUUCAUCCUGAGGCGCUCCAAAAGGGAUGUGGAGAAACAACUGCCCAAGAAGUACGAGCAUAUUCUGAAAUGCCGUCUCUCGACUCGACAGAAAAGCCUUUACGAAGAUAUCCUCACUCAACCAGGAUCUCAGGAGGCGUUGAAGACGGGUCACUUUGUCAGUGUGCUUCAAGUGUUGAUGCAGUUACAGCGAGUGUGUAACCACCCAGAGCUUGUGGCCCCUCGGGAGACCAGCAGCUCUUUCUUCUGCUCCUCUCUGCAAUACAACGUCCCAUCCCUGGUGCUGGGAGCUCUUCAGAGGGACUCGAGCAAAAUUGCAAACAUGUCCAUAUUUGAUCUGAUCAACAACGAGAACAGUCUGACUCGGUAUCAGACUGAAGAGGCGGUACCCAAACUAAAGAUCACCCAGCAGCUCAUAGAGGAGAUCCACUCCAGUCCAGAACCAUCCCCACGACCCAAACCAUGCCCAAUAAAACCCUUGAGACUGUUCCAGCCAGUGCAGUACGGAACAAAGCCAGAAGGCCGCCUGGCUGCUAUCACAAGUGUGGCGGCCCAGCGUCCUCCAACAAGCUCUCCCGCCACUACCACCUCUGUUUCUACCACCAACCAGUCGGCUCAGGCCAGGGGCAAGUCCCCUGUCACCACGGCAACCACUACAGCCACCUCUCACGGUGGAGAUGUGGUAAAGAUUGCCCAGCUGGCCAACAUAGCAGGCAGUCAGAAUCGCAUCUCCCAGCCAGAGACUCCCGUCACUCUGCAGUUUCAGGGAAACAAGUUCACUUUGUCCCCAAGCCAGCUCCGCCAGCUCACCACCGGACAGCCCCUGCAGCUCCAAGGUACACUCGGCAACAUCCUGCAGAUUGUGUCAGCUCCGGGGCAGCAGAUCAUCAGACCACAGGGACCCAUGGUAAUGCAAACAAUGCCACCAGCUGUCCCUGCCUCCAACGCCUCAGCUACACCUGCCACACCUCCUCCGACCCUGUCAACAGCCCAACAAGCAUUGGGUUUUACAACAAAUGCUGCAUCCGCCACCACCAAGCUCACACCUGUAACACAGGCUGGUUCUCAGGAGUCCUCAGAAGAAAAAACUCAGCAGCUCAAGGAACGCUUGUGCCGCCUUUUCGAGGCUAACGAGCGGCGCUGCAGCCGAAAAGUGCUGUACGGGUCGGACCUGCUGCAGGCUUGCACUCUGAGCACAGAGCCGGGUCACUCGGCCCUGACUGCUGGUGGCUGGAGGUGGGUGGGCAGAGAGAGCUGCCUCAGGGCCCAGAAAACCUGCGUGGCCACCACCUCUGCUCUGCAGUCCGCUCUGCUCUCUGUGGAGGACCGGCUGGAGACUGCCGAUAGCCUCAUCAAGAGGUUGGUGUGCGUGGUCCCUUCAGCUGAAGCCACACCUGCUCACCUGUAUGCAGUCAAUCCCUCGGUUCCCUACAGCCUGGAGCAGAAAUCCCUUCACCGCCGCCUGCAGGAAGCCUCUGCUCCGCUCAGUGCAGAAAUCCACUGUUUGGCCUCCAGUCAACUACUUCGCUUUUCUGACCUGCAGCUCAUGCAGAUUGACUCAGGUAAACUGGAGGCUCUUGCCAUUCUGCUGCAGAAGCUUCGGUCAGAGAGCCGCCGUGUCCUAAUUUUUACUCAGAUGGUGAAGAUGCUGGACAUCCUUGAGGCCUUCUUAGAUUACAGGCAACUCACUUAUGUGCGGGUCGAUGAAAGCUUCUCUCCCGACGAACGACAGGAGACAAUGAAGAAGUUCAACAGGAACAGGAAGGUGUUCUGCGGCAUCCUGACCAACCGCUGCUGCUCCGCAGUUGGGACUUUGUUUGAUGCGGACACCAUCAUCUUCUACGACACCGACCUCAAUCCCAGCAUGGACGCCCGCACCCAGGACUGGUGUGACAAGAUAGGACGGUCCAAGGAUAUACACAUAUACAGGUUGGAGAGUGGGAACUCCAUUGAAGAGAAGCUGCUGAAGAAUGGCACCAAGGACCUGAUCAGAGAGGUGGCGGCCCAGGGCACCGAUUACACCUUGGCUUUCCUCACGCAACGGACAAUACAGGAUCUAUUUGAGGUGGAGGCUGGCUCAGGCGAGAAGGUGGAGGAGUUUGUGGUUCUUCACCAGGAGCCAUCGGCCUCUGAGGCCAUCUCUCCCAGAGUUGCUCGACCCUACAUCCAGGCUCUUCACAGCAUAAACCUGGACGCCCAGCCCGAGCAGGAAGAGCAGCAGCCGGAUGAGGAGUCGGCAGUCAAGGAGUCAACCGAGGACGACCAAGAGCCAGAGAACCAAGCUAAAGAAGAGCCGGCUCAGAAAGAGGAGCUAAACGCAAUCAUGGAACAGCUCACACCAAUUGAAAGGUACGCCCUUCAUUACUUGGAGUUCCUCCACAUCAGUGAUGAUGAAACGGCUCUCAAGGAGCAGCUGGAGUGCUCUAAGAGAGGCUGGGAGCUGCAGCAUCUGCAGAAGCUAAAGGAGGAGGAGAAGGAGGAGCGGCAGAUAAUGGAGGGAGAUGAAGAUCUCUUCACCUACACCAGAGAGGAUGCCUACAACAUGGAGUAUGUAUUUGAUGCAGAGGACGGCCAUACAGAAAUCAUGCCGCUUUGGACUCCACCGACCCCACCACAGGAUGAUAAUGACAUUUACAUUGACUCUGUGAUGAUGCUCAUGUAUGACACCACACCCAUGCCCGAGUCCAAGCUGCCUCCUAUCUACAUCCGCAAGGAGCACAAAAGACUCAAGAUGGACCCCUCAGCAGCAGCCAGAAAGAAGAAGAAGGGCCACGGGGAGACGGUCAUUCCCCCGCGCUCCCUUUUUGAAAAGGCCAGCAUGCUGAAAGUUCGCCGGGAGGGAAAGGACCAGAAAAAGAACUUUUCCCUGAAGCAGCAGGCGCCCUUUGCCAAACCUCUCCCCUCGCUGGUUAAACCUGCCAUGGAGGCGGGACCGGACAACCCCGAGUGGCUUAUCAGUGAGGACUGGGCUCUGCUUCAGGCUGUGAAGCAGCUGCUGGAGUUGCCGCUGAACCUGACCAUCGUCUCCCCUGCACACACUCCGAAUUGGGAUCUGGUGAGCGAUGUGGUGAACUCCUGCAGCCGCAUCUACCGCUCGCCUAAACAGUGUCGCAACCGCUACGAGAACGUCAUCAUUCCCAGAGAGGAGGGCAAGUUGAUGUAUGAGGCUAACCCCAAGAAGAAAACCAAGAGCAUCUACAAGUCCAAGAACAGCCGACCUCUAAGGACCUGUCAGAUCUACACACAGGAUGACAAUGCCACUCACAUCCAACUCUACAACAGCCGCUUUGAACUCAUGAAGAUCAUUGCCAGCAAGAGGAGCCCGCCAAUCAAACCGUUGCUUGGCAUGAAUGCGUUCCAGAAGAAUCCCAAACAUGCCUCGGUUUUAGCAGAAAGUGGUAUAAGCUACGAUAAACCGCUACCUCCAAUUCAAGUGGCCUCCCAACGCGCUGAAAGGAUUGCAAAGGAGAAAAAGGCCCUCGCAGAGCAGCAGAAGGCUCAGCAGUUGGCCCAGCAGCAGGCUGGAGCGACCCCCGCCCAGGCCGCCCCCGGACAGGCGCAGACUCCUGUGGCCGGCCAGGCUCAGGUCCCUCAGGCCGCCGCCGUGGUGCCUAAUGCGGCAGUUCUGGCUGGAGCCAUAAAAAAUGCCACAGUCGCUACAACCCUUCAGGCUGCGACUGCAGGGGGGAUUGUGAACACAGCAGCUGGAGUUCCUCCAAGCCCCUUCCAGGCCAACAAACGGCUGGCAUCUCCGGUCAUCCCAGGCACUUUGUCUCCCGCUGGUGUGGCUGGGGCCCAAGUGGUCCACGCACAACAGAGGGCUGUAGCGGCCGCCACCUCCCCAGCCGAGGUGGUCGCCAUAGCUACGGGUCAGGGUGUCCGAGCCGUGACCCAAGUGACGGCGUCCGCAGUGGUUUCCACCUCUCUGAGCCCGGUGCAGUCGCAGCCUCGUCCCCUGGUCGCUCAGGUUGCAGCAGCCACAGGAAUGCUGUCGCAAGGAAAGACUCUCCCACCCCACCUGCAGAUGCUCCGACAGCAGCAGCUGCAGCAGCACCAACAGCAGCAGCAGGCUGCGUCCCCACAGAUCAAAACUGUAGGCAAACCACAGGAGUUGUUGAAAAUGCACAAGCAUAAAUUGCAGCAGCAGCAGCAGCAAGUGGCUGCAGCCGUAGCAGCAGCCCAGGGCCAACAGGCUGCAGGGGCUCUGCAGGCCCAGGUGCAGCCCGCACAGGCUGCCCAAGCCAAUCCCCAGCUCGCAGCUGUGGCCGCACCCAGACCCGGAGCCGUGCUGACCGGCACCACUGUUGCCAACCUGCAGGUGGCCCGACUGACUCGAGUGCCAACCCAGGGCCAGAUCCAGGGCCAGGCAGGACAGACGGCUCAGGUGACCCUCACCAAGCCUCCUGUGGUCUCUGUGCCCGCUGUGGUGUCAUCAGCUGGUGUCACCACUCUGCCAGUCACAGUGGCUGGCAUCAGUGUGGCUAUUGGUCAGCCCCAGAAACCAGGUGGGCCUGUCCUGACGCAGUCAUUCCCACAGAUGCACGUCCAACAGCUGCUUCAGAUGAAGAAACAGCAACAGCAGCAGGCGGCCGCCGCCCAGCAGAAAGCAGGUCAGCCGCAGCAGGGACAGGCCACUGUGCAGCAGAAGAUCGGCACCCAGCAGGUCACAGUGCAAGCGGCACAGCCCGCCCAGCAGAAGGUGACCUAUGCCACCGCAACACAGCUCCAACCAGGGAUCAAGACCCAGUUCUUCACUACGUCCAUCUCCCAGGCCCAGAAACCCGCUGGAGCCCAACAAAUCCAGGUGGCUAAGCUCCCACAAAUAGUGCAGCAGCAAACCAGCGUGGCCAAUAUUCCACAGAUCGUGUCUUCUGCUCAGCAGAUCCAGGCUCAGACCGUGACUCUGACCCAGGCGGCGCCAUCCGCGCCUUCUCAGAUGCAGAUGAUCCCCGCGGGCACGGCGGCGGCGGCCCAGGUGGUCCAGCAGAAGAUCCUCCAGCAGCAGGUGGUGACCGCCGCCACCUCCCCCAAAAUCCAGACGCCUCCUCCCCACAGCCCCGCCCAGCAGCCCGCCGCACCUUCCUCCGCGGAGGCCCCGGCGCAGCAGGCCACUCACACCCAGCAGCCCGCUAAGGGUCAAGCUCGCCAGGGCGCCAUCAGGGCCAAAACCCCCGCCAAGCCGGGCGGGGGAAGCAGCUAAGAGAAGCACCCCGGUGAAACAUGGGUGGGGUUUUUUUUUUUUUUUUUUUUAAGCAGAUGUGACUGUACGGAGUUUGUGCCGCAGCCUUGGAUUCAACAGCAGCUCAGGCCAGAGAGAGACUUUGCGUCGCCUUGUUAGUCACAUCAAACCGUUACCUGUACCCGAAAACUAACUGAUUAAAAUUUCAACAUAAUAAUAAUAAUUAUUAAUAUUAUUAUUAUUGCUCAUACCUAAACACAACCCCAGCACUGCUGCCCAUAAUUCAUGUCGGAUCCAUAAUGUUGCCGUACUGAGACAACAUUGUUUCUUCUAUCUGUCCUAAAAUGUGGAUAUUUUUUGACGUUGCCACAACUUCCCCAUGACUACUGCCCUGAAAACAGUCACGCCUUCAAAUGAUCAUAUUAUAAGUUGAGAUAUCUGAGGCUUAUGGGUGAUUUUGCAUUAUGAAAGCUGUCCAUUAGAAUAAGUGUAUUCAUAAAUAGUCCCUUUUAUGUCUAAUUCCCUCUUUGUCUAUAGAUACUGAAUGGAGAAUAAUGCACGUUCCUUUAGGCCUUUGUUUUUUUUAUUGCAGCAAAACACUGUAAACAUGUACUUUAGUAUUUUGUGUUUUCUCAUAAAUUGUCUUUUUUUUAUUGAUGUCAACAAAAAAACUGUAUAUAUUGAUGAAAAACAUUUGUACUUGUAAAGUAGUUGUGUUUUCAUUGGGUUUUUUCAGCCUAAUUGUAAUAAAGUGUUUUGUUUUUAUACACAAAUUCAUCUUUUUUCCUUACAUUAUUUUCAUUAAAUCCGUUGUAACUA